UGCCUCCCACCCGCUACCUACUUCGCUGCCUCCAUAAAAUCCCCCACCCAGCACCAAAAGGGUAAUUUUUUUUAAAAAAUAAAAAAAAGCCCCCCACGGUCAGAUAAUUACAAAAUCAACCCCCAAAAAGAUGUCGCCGGCGACAAAACUCCUCGCCGGAGCUUUCCUCCUCUUAGCUCUCUACUGCGGCACCGACCCCCUCAACCACAGCUCGAUGGCGGAGUUCCCGGGGUUCGAGACCUACGCGGUCGAGUUACCGCCGGCGGCGGAGAUCCCGACCGCGAGGGACGCCGAGGAUUCUCUGCAGAGGGCGGAGGCUAGGUUUUUGGGUCAGGUUCAGGGGCCGGAGAGCGUCGCUUUUGAUCCGCAGGGGCGUGGGCCCUACACUGGUGUUGCUGAUGGUAGGGUUUUGUUCUGGAAUGGCGAGGCUUGGUCUGAUUUUGCUUACACUUCGCCGGUUAGGUCAGACAUAUGUAACCCUAAGUCUUCACCUUUGGACUAUUUGAAGAAUGAGCAUGUUUGUGGACGCCCACUGGGUCUCCGAUUCCACAAGAAAACUGGAGACUUAUACAUUGCUGAUGCAUAUUUUGGACUGUUAAAGGUAGGGCCUGAAGGUGGUUUAGCUACCCAGUUAACUACAGAGGCAGAAGGAGUCCCUUUAAAUUUCACAAACGAUUUAGAUAUUGAUGAAGAAGGGAAUAUCUAUUUUACUGACAGUAGCACCAAUUACCAAAGGAGGAACUUCAUGCAACUGGUUUUCACCGCAGAACCUUCAGGUCGACUUCUGAAAUUCAACCCUGUGACGAAGGAAACCACUGUCCUUCUUCGAAACCUUCAGUUCCCUAAUGGCUUAUCUCUAAGCAAGGAUGGAUCAUUCUUUGUGUUCUGUGAAGGAUCACGUGGCAGGUUAAGUAGGUACUGGCUAAAGGGUGAAAAAGCUGGAACGUCAGAGCUUUUUGCUCAACUUCCUGGAUUCCCUGAUAACGUGAGAACUAACGAGAAGGGCGAGUUUUGGGUGGCCAUCCAUUGUCGACGCACAAUUUAUGCGCACAUGUUGAGCCUCUAUCCUCGAUUGAGGAAGUUUUUCCUCUCACUUCCAAUCAAAGCCAAGUACCACUAUUUGAUGCAAAUUGGAGGGAGGCUUCAUGGUACCAUUAUCAAGUUUAGCCCAAGUGGAGAGUUGAUGCAAGUGCUUGAGGAUAGACAAGGUAAGGUUGUUCGAGCUGUGAGUGAAGUAGAGGAAAAGGAUGGCGAACUCUGGUUAGGUUCGGUGCUUAUGCCAUUUAUUGCGGUUUAUAAAACAUGAACAAUGCUAACUGGGCUAUACGUUUUAUGCUCUUUUUUGUACUAUAAGAGAAAUCUGGUGUCUUAAUUUCCUCAUAAAUAUUGAUACUUGUAUUUGACGUUGUAAAAUACAGGUGUCUGUAACCUUUUUUGUUGUUGUGAAAUUACCAAAACUCUCUGUACUUUCAAGUGCCGCAUUGAGUAGGUUAUUUCAGUUGAAUAAAUGGAAACGAGUCAGAUGACGGUUACAAAGUGAAA